AUGCCCGAGCCAAGUUCUAUCCCCGGCACGAUCCAUCUCGUGGAUCUUGACCGUAACCUGCGCGUUCGCCAUGCAGGAGGCGGCGAAGGCGACAUCGUCUUGAACCCGGCCCCGUCUGACGACCCCAAUGAUCCUCUGAACUGGUCUCCCAGACGCAAAUUGCUUGCGCACAUUUGUCAGAACUUGUACACUUGGUUCACGGGAAUGUCCGUCGCGACCGUGUACUCUGUGCUUGUGCCUCUUGCGCAGCAGUCUAAGGUCUCGAUCACGACGCUCAACGAGGGGACGGGGUAUAUGUAUUUGCUUCUCGGCUGGGGUUUGUUGUUCUGGCAGCCUUUUUCGCUGCGAUAUGGCAAGCGGUUGACGUACCUUAUCUCAAUCCUGGGUGCCAUUGGCACGAGCAUUUGGAGUGCUCAUGUGUCGAGCAAUGGGGAAUGGAUAGCAAAGUGCAUCAUCCAGGGUUUCUUCAUCGCACCCAUUGAAGCACUCCCCGAGAUAUCCAUCACCGACAUUUACUUCACCCACCAGCGCGGCACCUACAUGGGCGUCUACGCUCUCGCUCUAGCAGGCAGUAACUACUUUGCGCCCGCCAUCUCCGGCUUCAUCGCCGAGUACCAAGGCUGGCAAUGGGUCUUCUACUGGCCAGCGAUCUUCCUUGGGUUUGUCUUUGUAUUUUUAUUCCUUUUCAUGGAAGAGACGAACUACAUUCGCGUCGCUCGAGACAUUAACAGACCGCAAAUCGAACCAGCCCGAUUGAGCGAUGAAAACAAUAGCAAGGCUGAGGAGAAGGCUACUGAGGCUGGCAAGCAUGAGAUCAAAGAAGCUGAUGAGGCCAACGUGCAAUACGCCAAGCCGAAGACAUUUCUUCAGAACAUGUCGCUGUGGCAGCCGUCGCCAGGUCAGGGUAUGGCUCGCCACGCAGGGCGCUCUCUCGAGUUCCUUACUUGGCCUGUUAUCUUCUUCGCUGGCUUCUCGUACGGAUCGUACCUCAUCUGGUUCAACGUUCUCAACGCAACUGCAUCCAUCAUCCUCUCUGGUCCCGGGUACAACUUCAAGCCCUCAAUGGUCGGUGUUAGCUACCUCUCUUGCUGCCUCGGUACAAUCAUCGCAGCAUGUGUAGCAGGGCGACUGAGCGACUGGCUCACCAUCAGACUCGCGCGUCGCAACAACGGCAUCAUGGAAGCUGAGCAUCGUCUGUGGCCGCUUGUGAUCUGCGUCAUUGGUGUCCCAGCAUCCUUGAUCCUCUGGGGUGUAGGAGCGCAGCACGGCGUCCACUGGUUCGGCCUCAUCUUCGCCAUGUGCUCUUUGUCUACGACGAGCGUCAUGGGUCUGAUCAUCAGCAUCAACUAUCUGAUCGACAGCUAUUACGACCUCAGCGGAGAUGCCAUUGUGACCAUCAUUCUUGUUCGUAACACAAUGUCUUUCGCGAUUAGCUAUGGUAUCACCCCAUGGAUCAUCAACCUGGGCUACCAAAACUGCUUCAUUUCGGCGGCUUUUAUCGGUCUAGCUGCUUGCUCAGCGGUCUUCGUGGUGAUUAAGUUUGGCAAAGCACUGCGCGUUCGAAGUGCGCCCAGGUAUGCAGAGCUAGUAGCAGAUGACAAGAGAGUCCAAGGUGUCGCUUCGUGA